AUGCCCAAGAGGAAGGUCAGCUCUGCUAAAGAGUCCAAGAGGAGAUCAGUAAGGUUGUUGGCUAACCCAGCUCCUGCAAAAGUGGAAACGAAGCUCAAGAAGGUAGCCAGGAAAGAUAAGUCAUCAGACAAAAAAGUGCAAGCAAAGGGCAAGAGAGGAGCAGAGGGAAAAGAGGCCAAAGAGGCUACCCAAGCUAAAUAAGAUUGACCUGCAGAAAUUGGAGAAACUAGAAAUGAGGAGCAUCCAACCUCUGAGGAAGCAGAAGAGAAGGAAAUCAAGACUGAUUCAUAUCAUACACUGUGUUUUAUCAGCAGUCCCUGUCUCCCUUCUUGUACCAUCCAGAGGAGUAUUUUUAUCAACUAUUUUGUAAAUGUAAGGUUUCUGGUAGUUCUAGACACAUUUUUAAAGAGGCAAGCCCACCUCAUCCCAUUUUCUAAGCAUAAGUGA